AAAAAAAACAUGGACGCACACGUGUAUGAAUUUUAGUUUUUACCCAAGAAUUUUUGCAAAUUUUUAAAUGGAAAACGUGAACGGAUUUCUACACAACGAUGCGUCUAUGGUGGGGGAAGACGUCAGUCCAAAUGCAGUGCAAGAGAAUCAACUUUUGCCAAUUUCCAGGGCAAGAAAAGCGUUAGUAAGGGAAGCGAAACGCCAUCAAAAUUUGAUCAUUAUAGGCGAGACAGCAUCGGGGAAGUCUACGCAGUUGCCUCAGUAUUUAUACCGUAGUGGUUUUGCGAGGUUGGGAGUUAUAGGAUGCACUCAACCAAGGCGUGUGGCCGCUAUAAGCAUUGCUGAGCGGGUGGCUGAUGAGAUGGGAGAAAAUAUAGGGGGCAAAAUAGGUUAUACUGUCCGAUUUGAAGAUGUGUCUUCUAUUAAUACCAGAAUAAAAUACAUGACUGAUGGAAUGCUACUGCGCGAAGCAAUUAGUGACCCACAGUUGAAGCGAUAUGGUGUUAUUAUCCUCGACGAAGCACAUGAAAGGACCAUCCACACUGACGUGUUGUUUGGCAUUGUGAAAGCAGCGCAAAGGACUAGGGCGGAGUCUGGCGGCAAGCCACUCAAGAUUAUCAUAAUGUCUGCCACUUUAGAAGCGGAGCCGUUUUCAAAGUUUUUUGGCGGUGCAAAAAUCCUGUAUAUUGAAGGAAGGCAGCAUCCGGUUAAGACGUUAUACGCAGUAGAGCAACAAACAGAUUAUCUUCAUGCGGCACUUGCUACCACUGUUCAACUGCACAGUGACCAACCUCUUGGGUAAGUUCACUCCUACUCUAAUGUAGAUACCUUUCAUUUGUUGACAGAGGUGUAGCCACAGGGGUGGAGAAUGGGGGGCCUGGACCCCCACUUUUCUUCAGGACCAAUUUUGUAAUAAUUUUAAAACUGAUGAGAAAUGGGGGUGGGGGUAACCUCUGAAUGGUUUUAUCUAUGCCAUAAAAUACACCAAAUCAGUGGCUUUCAGAUUAUCAUAAAACAUCUCCAAAAUGCAUGAAAUAGCAUUUUGCAGAAUAUUUUCCAAAUUUAAUGUCAAACUUAUUUUUUACAGAGGUCACAUUCUUAUUUUUCUUACUGGUCAGGAGGAGAUUGAAUUACUGGCCAAUCUGUUGAAAGAUUGUCUGAAUGGUAAGAUAUGUCUACAAAGAUUUCUA